AUGCAGCCCAUCAUACUAUACGACACACCAAGCAAGACCCAAAACGGGGUAUGGGCUCCAAACCCUGGAAAGACCAGGCAAGUCGUGCAGUUUUGCCUGGCAUACAAAGGUCUCCCACAUACCAUCGUCUGGGUAGAGUUCAAGGACAUUCCCAAGACCAUGAAAGAAAUUGGCGCCUCAACUACGGAAGGUGGCAGGUACACCCUUCCAGUGAUCAAGGAUCCCAACACUGGAUCCGUCGUCGCCGACUCAUGGGCGAUCGCUGAGUACCUGGAUAAGACAUAUCCAGGGAAGGAGAUCAUACCACGCGGCACCAGCGCUCUUAUAAGCUUAUUCGAGCCCGCAUUUUGCAGCACUGCCUACGGAAAAGUAGUGAAUCUCAUCUUAACGAAGACUCUCGAAAUCAUGAAGGAUACAAACAGGGAGUACUUCAUUCAGACGCGCUUGGAGUUGCUCGGCGAAUCGCGCUGGGAGACUGUGACAGAAGCGAACGCACAGCAGCAAUGGGAGGAAUUGAAGAAGGGUCUUGAUGAAAUCGACAAAUGGUACCAGAAAGGUGGAGGAAAGUGGAUUAUGGGGGACACCUUCUCGUUCGCGGAUAUGGUGGUGGCUUGCAGAAUGAUGUGGUGGAACACAAUCUUUGACAAAGAACAGCUCCGAGAGCUCCAUUCUUGGAAUGGCGGGCGAUGGGCACAUGUCUUGGCAGACGUGAAUGCGGAGUGCGGUACAAAUCUUUUCUAG